AAGAAAUUAUUGUAGUCAACUAAUGCAAGCGCUUGUGUACAUGACAGCCAAGCAGCGAUUGUCAAAUUAGUUGUUGAGAAGGUUUUGGAGAAGCUAGAGAUGAAAGGAAAAUCAGUGACUGGACAUUUAAUUGGACUUGAGGAUCGGGUAAAACAAUUGACAGAGUUAUUAGAUGUCAACCAUCAGGAUGCGCGGCUCAUUGGAAUUCACGGAAAGGGUGGUAUCGGUAAAACGACCAUUGCCAAAAACAUCUUCAAUAAACUAUCUUCCCACUUUGGAAAGUGUUGUAGCUUCCUUGAGAACAUACGAGAAAGCUUCUUGACCAAGGAGGGCAUACUCCAGUUACAAAGGAAAUUAUUGUCUGACAUUGUUGGUUUUGGAUCUGCAGAACAAUUAAUGGAUAGCGAGCAAGCAAUAAGGAGGAUUGGAGACACACUUAGCACUAAGAAUGUCCUUUUAGUUCUGGAUGAUGUUGAUAAAAAAGAGCAUAUUAAGAAACUAAUAGGAGUUUAUUCAUUACAUUCAGGGUCUAGGAUAAUCAUUACAACAAGAAACAAAAUUGUUUUGAAUGUUAAGGGACUUAAAGAUGAAAUUCUAUGCUAUGAGAUGCUAAAGAUGGAUGAUGCUCCUGCGCUUCGCCUUUUUUGUCAGCAUGCCUUUGGUAGAGAAUUUCCUUUCGACAUUUAUCAUGGGCUUUCAAAUAAAAUUGUCUCAAUUAUGAGAGGGCUCCCUUUGGCUAUAGAAGUAAUAGGUUCAUUACUUAAUGGUAAAGAUGAAGCAUUUUGGAAAGAGAUGUUGGAUAGGUUAAGGGAAGUACCUGAGGAAGACAUCAUGGAGACGUUGAGGAUUAGCUUUGAUAACCUGGACAAAUAUCAGCAACAAAUUUUUCUUGAUAUAGCAUGCUUCUUCUACAAUGAGAAUAAGGCUGAUGCAAUUUACAUGUGGGCUGAUUGUCAAUUGUAUCCCAUAAGAGGACUAAAAGUUCUUAUCGAUAGGUGCUUGAUAAAGAUAUUGGACAAUGAUAACAUCUGGAUGCAUGAUCAACUUAUAGAAUUGGGAAGGCGUAUUGUCCGUCAAGAAAGUCCAUUCAAUCUAGGAAAGCGUAGUAGGUUGUGGAUUACACAAGAGGCCCUUGAAAUCAUAAGAACCAAAAAGAGGAAGGAUGAGAUUCAAGCUCUUAAGAUAUUUAGAUCUGCUGACCCCAUAGAGAUUACCAAUGAAGAGUUUGAAAGGUUAAAAAAUCUAAGAUUCCUCGAGCUACACUGGGGAACUUAUGUUGGGGAUUUUGCGACGUGCCAUUCAAAUUUGAGAUGGUUUUCUUGGCAUUCUCCUCAGGACUUUAGGGCAACCAAUAUGUAUUUGGAUCGUCUUGUUGUUUGUAAACUCAACACUAUUGACUUCAAGGAUGAUUCAAAAGCAUGGGACUUGAUUAAGAGGGCACAAAAUUUAAAAGUUCUAUCUAUUACUCGGUGUUCUAGCAUAACAACAAUCCCAGACUUCUCCAAAUGCUCGUGUUUAGAGAGGUUGACUCUUGCGGACUGCUUCAAUCUAGAGAGAAUUGAGAGCUUCAUAGGAGAUCUAGUGUCGUUGAUUGAAUUAAAGAUUGAAGAGUGCGGUGGUCUUACUGAAUUGCCUAAAGAAUUGGGGGCAUUGGUGAAGCUUAAGCACUUUUCAUUGUCGGGAUGUAGAGGGUUGAGAGAACUUCCUAGUUCACUUGGAAAUUUAACCUCAUUAACAGAGUUGGACUUAUCAGGUACCAACAUUGCUAAACCUCCUAGAAUGCCUUUGUUGCGUCAUGCACAGGAGAUUCCUCCGGAUGCAUCUGACUUUAAAUCCAAGUCAGACAAGACCGAAGGCGGUGAAAAGGCCAUAGCUUGGUGGACGAGCAAAGAAUGCAAACAAGAAAUGGAACAGUUCCUAAAGCAAUCUCUCCUUCCUCUUUUGAGGAUGCCAUCUUGUGUUGGACUUUAA